CACCGCCUCGGACAGGGCGGGCCUGGGGGACUGGCGGAGAGGCGGCGACAGCGCGGGCAAAGGCUUGGACUGCGGGGGUCAGGGUGCUGCAGCAAGAACCAGCUCAACUCCGCCGAUAUACGGUCUGGAGUGGGAGCCGCCCGUGCAGGAGAGGGCGGGUCAAGGGGCGCAUUUCUACUGCACUUUCCCUUUGCAUUCAGUUUGCUUAGCUGUGCUUUAGAGAAAAUUGCAUUAGCUCCGAAUUUGUCUACGUGAGGAAACUGAGGCAGCGAAGUGGGAGGCGUUGCCAUCUGUUGGGCCACACAACAUGCUAAGGGGAGGCCAAGGACCAAGAUCUCGAGGUGUGCGCUACUAGGCCCGCUUGGGUCAGUGGGCGCGGGAAGCAAGGGCCCCGCUGCGUUCCCUGCACCCCAUUGCUCCCCUCGGCGCUGCGGAAGGCUCACUGGAGGAGGAGCUCGGGACGCUGGGGAGGAGCCAGGGCAGCCUCAGGAACGGGGACACAAUCCUCCCGGAUUAGAGGCAGAGCCCGCGAGGAGCCCCGACAGCCGGGCGGGCAGAGAACUCUGGGAGCAGCCUCAUGGAAGAGAAGCAGAUCUUGUGCGUGGGGCUAGUGGUGCUGGACAUCAUCAAUGUGGUGGACAAGUACCCAGAGGAGGACACCGACAGCAGGUGCUUGUCCCAGAGAUGGCAGCGUGGAGGCAACGCAUCCAACUCCUGCACGGUUCUCUCCCUGCUCGGAGCCCCCUGCGCCUUCAUGGGCUCGCUGGCCCCGGGGCCUGUUGCCCAGCUAUGCACCCCUGCCUCUCCUGCACCUUGUACAGCCUGUCAGCACGGUGAUUUUCAGUUCCCUCCUAGCUUCUCCUGCUUGCAGCCAGGUUCCCAGGGGCCCUGCCACGUACCCUCCAGUCCCCAAAGUCUUGUCAUUCUGCGGCUCCCCCGGGUCACUCCACCCCGGCAGUUUUGUUCUGGAUGACCUCCGCCGCUACUCCGUGGACCUACGCUACACGGUCUUUCAGACCAUGGGCUCCAUUCCCAUCUCCACAGUCAUCAUCAGCGAGGCCACCGGUAGCCGUACCAUCCUCCACGCCUAUAGCUUCCUGGUGGCUGACUUCAGGCAGCGGGGCGUGGACGUGUCUCAGGUGGCCUGGCAGAGCAGGGGGGAGACCCCAUGCUCUUCCUGCAUCGUCAACAACUCCAAUGGCUCCCGCACCAUUUUGCUGUAUGACACGAACCUGCCAGAUGUGUCUGCUAUGGAUUUUGAUAAGGUCGAUCUGACCCGGUUCAAGUGGAUCCACAUUGAGGGCCGGAACGCAUCAGAGCAGGUGAAGAUGCUGCAGCGGAUAGAAGAGCACAAUGCCAGGCAGCCUCCAGAGCAGAAGAUCCAGGUGUCGGUGGAGGUGGAGAAGCCCAGAGAGGAGCUGUUUCAGCUGUUUGGCUACGGAGAUGUGGUGUUUGUCAGCAAAGAUGUGGCCAAGCACUUUGGGUUCCGGUCAGCGGUGGAGGCCCUGAGGGGCUUGUACGGUCGUGUGAGGAAAGGGGCUGUGCUUAUCUGCGCCUGGGCUGAGGAGGGCGCUGAUGCCCUGGGCCCUGAAGGACGGCUGGUCCACUCGGAUGCCUUCCCGCCACCCCGGGUGGUGGACACUCUGGGUGCCGGAGAUACCUUCAAUGCCUCGGUCAUCUUCAGCCUGAGCCAGGGGAAGAGCAUGCAGGAGGCCUUGAGGUUUGGCUGCCAGGUGGCUGGCAAGAAGUGCGGCCUGCAGGGCUUUGAUGGCAUCGUGUGAGUGCCCUGUGGCAGGAGGUGCUGGCUCAUGGCUCGCUCACCUUGCAGGCUGGCCUCACUGGCUGCCAUUGCCUUGUCCACUCAUCCAGCCUGGCAUCUGAGCUGCCCUGCCCUGCCCCCUGGACAGACGCAGGCUGUGGGAGGGCUCUGCCUGUGUCCUGACAUCUCUCACUGCAGAACAAAUAAAUCUUCCCCAGAGCCAGCUUC